UAUGAGGUCUGUAAAUAAUACAAUAAGAGCAGCUAGUUAAAGGUAUUUAUAUUUAAAUAAUAAAUAAAGUAAUGGGAAACAUAGAAUUCUCAAAGUUCCUACAAAAAAUAAACAUCAUAUUACCCUUGCGCCAAUAAACAGAUUCAUUCAAAUUAAAGAUUGUGCUGAGAAAGAUUGUCAAUACAAACUAGGUAAAUUGAUUGGUUCUGGUUCAAAUGCUUAAGUGUAUUAGGCUAUGAAUAUGAACACUGGUGAAGUUGUGGCUUGUAAAAAAGUACUGUUCAAAUUCAAGAAUCAGUAAAAAGUAGAUGUAAGAUAUACAAAUUUAAUUAGAUUGAACUGUCAUUUCUAUAAAUUCUAUAACACUAAAACAUAAUCAAAUAUAUAUCUCAUGUAUAAACUAAAGAUAGUCUAUUAAUUUAUUAAGAAUAUAUGCCAAUGGGUAUGAAUCAAUUAAUUUAUUAUAGGUUCAAUUUCUCAAUUAUUAAAUGAAUUUGGUCCAAUGACAGAGUAAACUAUAAAAACAUAUACUCAUCAAAUCCUUAAUGGCUUAGAAUACUUACAUAAUAAAGGGAUAUUACAUUUAGAUCUAAAAUCUAGUAACAUCUUGUUAGACUCAAGUGGAGACAUUAAAAUCUCAGACUUUGGUUGUAGUAGACAUAUCAAACAAAAUUUAUGUUAGAGCAUUCUUUAAGGGAGUGUUCCUUGGAUGGCUCCAGAAGUCGUUAGAUAAGAACAAAUUGAUACUCCAGCUGAUAUAUGGUCAUUUGGUUGUGUAAUUUUGGAGAUGUUAACUGGGAAACAUCCUUGGUUUGAAUAACUUGAUUUUGAUAAUGUUGCAUCAACACUUCUCGCAAUAGCAUUUAAUCAAGAAUCACCUAAAAUUCCAGACAAUGUUUCUAAAGAAUUAACGAACUUUCUUCUAAUGUGUUUCUCGUAAGAUCCAUUAUAAAGAGCAACAAUAUAAUAACUUAGAUAGAGUGCUUUUUUAUAAUGA